CGCCGCCGGCGCCUCCGCGCCCCUCCGGCCUGCGCACCUCCCCUCGCCCCCCUCCUCUCCCCCGCCCGCUCCGGGGACCGCCGGCCCCCUCCCCCAUUCUCCAGCUCCCCGCCCCGUCCCCGCCGCCGCCCGCCCUCGUCGCCUCCCCGCCCCGCCGGCCGGCCGGCCCCCUCCUCCGCCUCUCUCCCCUCCCCCCCGCCGAUCGGGAUCAGUCAUUGCGAUCCGAAGCGGGGGAGGGGGGGGGCGGCGGCCGAACGAUGUGCGAGAACUGCGCAGACCUGGUGGAGGUGUUAAAUGAAAUAUCUGAUAUAGAAGGUGGUGAUGGACUGCAGCUCAGAAAGGAACAUACUCUCAAAAUAUUUGCUUAUAUCAAUUCCUGGACACAGAGGCAAUGUCUGUGCUGCUUCAAAGAGUAUAAGCAUUUGGAGAUUUUUAACCAAGUAGUGUGUGCACUUAUUAACUUAGUGAUUGCCCAAGUUCAAGUGCUCCGAGAUCAGCUUUGUAAACAUUGUACUACUAUCAACAUAGAUUCCACAUGGCAAGAUGAGAGUAAUCAAGCGGAAGAACCACAGGAUAUAGAAAGAGAAUGUAAUGAGGGAAGUACAGAAAGACAAAAAUCAAUAGAAAAAAAAUCAAACUCUACAAGAAUUUGUAAUCUGACUGAGGAAGAAUCUUCAAAGAACUCUGAUCCUUUUAGUUUGUGGAGUACAGAUGAGAAGGAAAAACUCUUACUGUGUGUGGCAAAAAUUUUUCAGAUUCAGUUUCCCUUAUAUACUGCUUACAAGCAUAAUACUCAUCCUACUAUAGAGGAUAUAUCAACCCAAGAAAGCAACAUUUUAGGGGCAUUCUGUGAUAUGAAUGAUGUAGAAGUACCAUUGCAUUUGCUUCGUUAUGUAUGUUUGUUUUGUGGGAAAAAUGGCCUUUCUCUUAUGAAGGACUGCUUUGAAUAUGGAACUCCUGAAACUUUACCAUUUCUGAUAGCACAUGCAUUUAUUACAGUUGUGUCUAAUAUUAGAAUAUGGCUGCAUAUCCCUGCUGUCAUGCAGCACAUUAUUCCUUUUAGGACAUACGUUAUCAGGUAUUUAUGCAAGCUCUCUGAUCAGGAGUUAAGGCAGAGUGCGGCUCGCAACAUGGCUGACUUAAUGUGGAGCACAGUGAAAGAACCAUUGGACACGACGUUGUGCUUUGAUAAAGAAAGCCUAGAUCUUGCAUUUAAGUACUUUAUGUCACCUACUUUGACUAUGAGGUUGGCUGGACUAAGUCAGAUAACUAAUCAGCUUCACACCUUCAAUGAUGUGUGCAAUAAUGAAUCAUUGGUAUCAGACACAGAAACGUCCAUUGCAAAAGAACUUGCAGACUGGCUUAUAAGCAACAAUGUGGUAGAGCAUAUAUUUGGACCAAAUUUACAUAUUGAGAUUAUCAAACAGUGCCAAGUGAUUUUGAAUUUUCUGGCAGCUGAAGGGCGAUUGAGUACUCAGCAUAUUGACUGCAUUUGGGCUGCUGCACAGUUGAAACACUGUAGUCGAUACAUACAUGACUUAUUUCCUUCACUCAUCAAGAAUUUGGAUCCAGUACCACUUAGACAUCUUCUUAAUCUGGUUUCGGCUCUUGAGCCAAGUGUUCAUACUGAACAGACAUUGUACUUGGCAUCGAUGUUAAUCAAAGCACUAUGGAAUAAUGCGCUAGCAGCUAAGGCCCAGCUAUCUAAACAGAGUUCUUUUGCAUCUUUAUUAAACACUAAUCUUCCUAUCGGAAAUAAGAAAGAGGAAGAAGAGCUCAGAAGAGCUGCACCAUCACCUUGGUCACCUGCAGCCAGUCCUCAAAGCAGUGAUAACAGUGAUACCCAUCAAAGUGGAGGCAGUGACAUUGAAAUGGAUGAGCAACUUAUUAAUAGAACCAAACAUGUGCAACAGCGACUUUCAGAUACAGAGGAAUCCAUGCAGGGAAGUUCUGAUGAAACUGCCAACAGUGGUGAAGAUGGAAGUAGUGGUCCUGGUAGCAGCAGUGGACAUAGUGAUGGAUCUAGCAAUGAGGUGAAUUCUAGCCAUGCAAGCCAGUCAGCAGGGAGCCCUGGCAGUGAGUUACAGUCAGAAGACAUUGCAGAUAUUGAAGCCCUGAAAGAAGAAGAUGAAGAUGACGAUCAUGGUCAUAAUCCUCCUAAAAGCAGUUGUGGUACGGAUCUUCGGAACAGGAAGUUAGAAAGUCAAGCAGGCAUUUGCUUAGGGGAUUCCCAAGGCCCAUCAGAAAGAAGUGGGACAAACAAUGGAACAGGAAAGGACCUGGUUUUUAAUACUGAGUCAUUGCCAUCGGUAGAUAAUAGAAUACGAAUGCUAGAUGCCUGUUCACAUUCUGAAGACCCAGAACAUGAUAUUUCGGGGGAAAUGAAUGCUGCUCAUAUAGCACAAGCAUCUCAGGAAUCUUGUAUUGCACGCACUGGGGACUUUCUUGGGGAGGCUAUUGGGAAUGAAUUAUUUAAUUGUCGGCAGUUUAUAGGUCCACAGCAUCACCACCACCACCACCACCACCACCACCACCAUGAUGGUCAUAUGGUUGAUGAUAUGCUCAGUGCAGAUGAUGUCAGUUGUAGUAGCUCCCAGGUCAGUGCAAAAUCAGAAAAAAACAUGGCUGAUUUUGAUGGUGAAGAAUCUGGGUGUGAAGAGGAGCUAGUUCAGAUUAAUUCACAUGCAGAGCUAACAUCUCAUCUCCAACAACAUCUUCCCAAUUUAGCAUCUAUUUACCAUGAACAUCUUAGUCAAGGACCUGCAGUUCAUAAACAUCAAUUCAGCAGUAAUGCUGUGACGGACAUUAAUUUGGAUAACGUUUGCAAGAAAGGAAACACUUUGUUGUGGGAUAUAGUCCAGGAUGAUGAUGCAGUUAAUCUUUCUGAAGGAUUAAUAAAUGAAGCAGAGAAACUUCUCUGUUCCUUAGUAUGUUGGUUUACAGAUAGACAGAUUCGAAUGAGAUUCAUCGAAGGUUGCCUUGAAAAUUUAGGAAACAACAGAUCAGUAGUAAUUUCACUUCGUCUUCUUCCAAAACUCUUUGGUACCUUUCAGCAGUUUGGGAGCAGUUAUGAUACACAUUGGAUUACAAUGUGGGCAGAAAAAGAACUGAACAUGAUGAAGCUUUUCUUUGAUAAUUUGGUAUACUAUAUUCAAGCUGUAAGAGAAGGCAGACAAAAGCAUGCAUUGUACAGCCAUAGUGCCGAAGUUCAGGUGCGACUUCAGUUCUUAACUUGUGUCUUUUCAACUCUGGGAUCACCUGAUCAUUUCAGGUUAAGUUUGGAGCAAGUUGAUAUUUUAUGGCAUUGUUUAGUAGAAGAUUCUGAGUGUUACGAUGAUGCACUCCAUUGGUUUUUAAAUCAAGUUCGAAGUAAAGAUCAACAUGCUAUGGGAAUGGAAACCUACAAACAUCUUUUCCUGGAGAAGAUGCCCCAGCUAAAACCUGAAACAAUUAGCAUGACUGGCUUAAACCUGUUUCAGCAUCUCUGUAACUUGGCUCGACUGGCUACCAGUGCCUAUGAUGGUGGUUCAAACUCUGAGCUUUGUGGUAUGGACCAAUUUUGGGGCAUUGCUUUAAGAGCACAAUCUGGUGAUGUCAGUCGAGCAGCUAUCCAGUAUAUUAACUCCUAUUAUAUUAAUGGUAAAACGGGUUUGGAGAAGGAGCAAGAAUUUAUUAGUAAGUGUAUGGAGAGUCUUAUGAUAGCUUCUAGCAGUCUUGAACAGGAAUCACACUCAAGUCUCACUGUUAUAGAAAGAGGACUCCUUAUGCUGAAGACACAUCUGGAAGCAUUUAGGAGAAGGUUUGCAUAUCAUCUCAGACAGUGGCAAAUUGAAGGCACGGGUAUUAGUAGUCAUUUGAAAGCACUGAGUGACAAACAGUCCCUGCCGCUAAGGGUUGUUUGCCAGCCAGCUGGACUUCCUGACAAGAUGACUAUUGAAAUGUAUCCUAGUGACCAGGUAGCAGAUCUUAGGGCUGAAGUAACUCAUUGGUAUGAAAAUUUACAGAAAGAACAAAUAAAUCAACAAGCUCAGCUUCAGGAGUUUGGUCAAAGCAGCCGAAAAGGAGAGUUUCCUGGAGGCCUUAUGGGACCUGUCAGGAUGAUUUCUUCUGGACAUGAAUUAACAACAGAUUAUGAUGAAAAAGCACUUCAUGAGCUUGGUUUUAAGGAUAUGCAGAUGGUAUUCGUAUCUCUGGGUGCACCAAGGAGAGAACGGAAAGGGGAAGGUGUUCAGCUGCCAGCAUCUUGCCUACCACCCCCUCAAAAGGACAACAUUCCAAUGCUUUUGCUCUUACAAGAACCUCAUUUAACUACUCUUUUUGAUUUAUUAGAGAUGCUCGCAUCAUUUAAACCACCUUCAGGAAAAAUGGCAGUCGAAGAUAGUGAGAGCUUAAGAUGUGAAGAACUUCAUCUUCACGCAGAAAACCUUUCCAGGCGUGUAUGGGAGCUACUGAUGCUUCUUCCUACAUGUCCUAACAUGUUGAUGGCAUUCCAGAAUAUCUCAGAUGAACAGAGCAAUGAUGGACUUAAUUGGAAAGAACUGCUCAAAAUUAAAAGUGCUCACAAGCUGUUAUAUGCCCUGGAAAUUAUUGAAGCACUGGGAAAACCUAACCGAAGAAUAAGGAGAGAGUCAACGGGAAGUUAUAGUGAUCUCUAUCCAGAUUCAGAUGAUUCAAGUGAGGAUCAAGUGGAAAACAGUAAAAAUUCCUGGAGUUGCAAGUUUGUUGCUGCAGGAGGACUUCAACAGUUGUUAGAAAUUUUUAAUUCUGGAAUUCUAGAGCCAAAAGAGCAGGAAUCCUGGACUGUGUGGCAGCUAGACUGUCUUGCUUGCUUGCUGAAGUUAAUAUGCCAGUUUGCAGUAGAUCCAUCUGAUUUGGAUUUAGCUUAUCAUGAUGUCUUUGCCUGGUCUGGUAUAGCAGAAAGCCAUAGGAAAAGAACAUGGCCUGGCAAAUCAAGAAAGGCUGCUGGUGAUCAUGCUAAGGGUCUUCAUAUACCAAGAUUAACAGAGGUAUUUCUUGUUCUUGUCCAAGGAACCAGUUUGAUUCAGCGACUUAUGUCUGUUGCUUAUACAUAUGAUAAUCUGGCUCCUAGGGUUUUGAAAGCUCAAUCUGAUCACAGGUCUAGACAUGAAGUUUCACAUUAUUCUAUGUGGCUCUUGGUGAGUUGGGCUCAUUGCUGUUCUUUAGUGAAAUCUAGCCUUGCUGAUAGUGAUCAUUUACAAGAUUGGCUAAAGAAAUUGACUCUCCUUAUUCCUGAGACUGCAGUCCGUCAUGAGUCUUGCAAUGGUCUUUAUAAGUUAUCUCUAUCAGGGCUGGAUGGAGGAGACUCAAUCAAUCGCUCUUUUCUGCUACUGGCUGCCUCAACAUUGUUGAAGUUCCUUCCAGAUGCUCAAGCACUCAAACCUAUCAGAAUAGAUGAUUAUGAAGAAGAACCAAUGUUAAAACCUGGAUGUAAAGAAUAUUUUUGGUUGUUGUGCAAAUUAGUUGACAACAUACAUAUAAAGGAUGCUAGUCAGACAACACUGCUCGACCUGGAUGCUUUGGCACGGCAUUUGGCUGACUGUAUUCGAAGCAGGGAGAUCCUCGAUCAUCAAGAUGGUAAUAUAGAAGAUGAUGGGCUUACAGGACUCCUAAGGCUUGCAACAAGUGUUAUUAAACACAAACCACCCUUUAAAUUUUCAAGGGAAGGACAGGAAUUUUUAAGAGAUAUCUUCAAUCUCCUGUUUUUGUUGCCUAGUCUAAAGGAUAGACAACAGCCAAAGUGCAAAUCACAUUCUUCAAGAGCUGCUGCUUAUGACUUGUUAGUGGAGAUGGUAAAGGGAUCUGUUGAAAACUACAGAUUAAUACAUAACUGGGUUAUGGCACAACACAUGCAGUCUCACGCACCUUAUAAAUGGGACUACUGGCCUCAUGAAGAUGUCCGUGCUGAGUGUAGAUUUGUUGGCCUGACUAACCUCGGAGCUACUUGUUACUUGGCUUCUACUAUUCAGCAACUUUAUAUGAUACCUGAGGCAAGACAGGCUGUUUUCACUGCUAAGUAUUCCGAAGAUAUGAAGCAUAAGACCACUCUUCUGGAGCUUCAAAAAAUGUUUACAUAUUUAAUGGAGAGUGAAUGCAAGGCAUAUAAUCCUAGACCUUUCUGUAAAACAUACACCAUGGAUAAGCAGCCUUUGAACACUGGGGAGCAGAAAGAUAUGACAGAGUUUUUUACUGAUCUGAUUACUAAAAUUGAAGAAAUGUCUCCAGAACUGAAAAAUACUGUCAAAAGUUUGUUUGGAGGUGUAAUUACAAACAAUGUUGUGUCCUUGGAUUGUGAACAUGUUAGUCAGACUGCUGAAGAGUUUUAUACUGUGAGGUGCCAGGUGGCUGAUAUGAAGAAUAUUUAUGAAUCUCUUGAUGAAGUUACUAUUAAAGAUACUUUAGAAGGUGACAACAUGUAUACUUGUUCUCAUUGUGGUAAGAAAGUACGAGCUGAAAAAAGAGCAUGUUUUAAGAAAUUGCCCCAGAUUCUGAGUUUCAAUACUAUGAGGUAUACAUUUAAUAUGGUCACAAUGAUGAAAGAAAAAGUGAAUACACACUUUUCCUUUCCAUUACGUUUGGAUAUGACACCCUAUACAGAAGAUUUCCUUAUGGGAAAGAGUGACAGGAAAGAAGGUUUUAAGGAAGUCAGUGAUCAUUCAAAAGACACGGAGAGCUAUGAGUAUGACUUGAUAGGAGUGACUGUUCAUACAGGAACCGCAGAUGGUGGACACUAUUACAGCUUCAUUAGAGAUAUAGUCAACCCACAUGCUUAUAAAAACAAUAAAUGGUAUCUUUUUAAUGAUGCUGAGGUAAAACCUUUUGAUUCUGCUCAACUUGCCUCUGAAUGUUUUGGUGGAGAGAUGACGACCAAGACCUAUGAUUCUGUUACAGAUAAGUUUAUGGAUUUCUCCUUUGAAAAGACCCACAGUGCAUAUAUGCUGUUUUACAAACGCAUGGAACCAGAGGAAGAAAGUGGCAAAGAGUACAAAUUUGAUGUUUCAUCUGAAUUGCUAGAGCUGGAGUCUCAUAACAGCUUCUGCACUUGGUCUCUUGUGAUUUCAUUCAUCAUUGAGCCUCUGGAAAACUCCAUUGUACACUCAGAAGAGAAUGAGUGGAUUUGGCAUGAUAACAUGCAGUUUCUUCAAGACAAAAACAUUUUUGAACAUACAUAUUUUGGGUUUAUGUGGCAGUUGUGUAGUUGUAUUCCCAGUACAUUACCAGAUCCUAAAGCUGUGUCUUUAAUGACAGCAAAGUUAAGCACUUCGUUUGUCCUAGAGACCUUUAUUCAUUCAAAAGAAAAGCCCACAAUGCUUCAGUGGAUUGAACUGUUGACCAAGCAAUUUAAUAAUAGUCAAGCAGCUUGUGAGUGGUUUUUGGACCGCAUGGCUGAUGAUGAUUGGUGGCCAAUGCAGAUACUAAUUAAGUGCCCUAAUCAAAUUGUGAGACAGAUGUUUCAGCGUUUGUGUAUCCAUGUAAUUCAGAGACUUAGACCUGUGCACGCUCAUCUCUAUCUACAGCCAGGGAUGGAAGAUGGGUCUGAUGAUAUGGAUGCUUCAGUAGAAGAUAUAGGUGGUCGUUCGUGUGUCACUCGAUUUGUGAGAACUCUGUUAUUAAUUAUGGAACACGGUGUGAAGCCUCACAGUAAACAUCUUACAGAAUAUUUUGCUUUCCUUUAUGAAUUUGCCAAAAUGGGUGAAGAAGAGAGCCAGUUUUUGCUCUCAUUGCAAGCCAUAUCUACAAUGGUACAUUUUUACAUGGGAACCAAAGGGCCUGAAAAUCCUCAAGUUGAAGUGUUGUCAGAGGAAGAAGGAGAAGAGGAGGAGGAGGAAGAAGAUAUACUCUCUCUGGCAGAAGAGAAAUACAGGCCAGCUGCCCUUGAAAAAAUGAUAGCUUUAGUUGCUCUUUUGGUUGAACAGUCUCGCUCAGAAAGGCAUUUGACAUUGUCACAGACUGACAUGGCGGCAUUAACAGGAGGAAAGGGAUUUCCCUUCUUGUUUCAACAUAUUCGCGAUGGCAUCAAUAUAAGACAAACUUGUAAUCUGAUUUUCAGCCUUUGUCGAUACAAUAAUCGACUUGCAGAACAUAUUGUAUCUAUGCUUUUCACAUCAAUAGCAAAAUUGACUCCUGAGGCAGCCAAUCCUUUCUUUAAAUUGUUGACUAUGCUAAUGGAGUUUGCCGGUGGACCUCCAGGAAUGCCUCCCUUUGCAUCUUACAUUCUGCAGAGGAUAUGGGAGGUGAUUGAAUACAAUCCUUCUCAGUGUCUGGAUUGGUUGGCAGUGCAGACACCCCGAAACAAACUGGCACACAGCUGGGUUCUACAGAAUAUGGAAAACUGGGUUGAGCGGUUUCUUUUGGCUCACAAUUAUCCUAGAGUCAGGACUUCUGCAGCUUAUCUUCUGGUGUCCCUUAUACCAAGCAAUUCAUUCCGCCAGAUGUUCCGGUCAACAAGGUCUUUGCACAUCCCAACCCGUGACCUUCCACUCAGUCCAGACACAACAGUAGUCCUACAUCAGGUCUACAACGUGCUCCUUGGUUUGCUCUCAAGAGCCAAACUUUAUGUUGAUGCUGCUGUUCAUGGCACUACAAAGCUAGUGCCCUAUUUUAGCUUUAUGACUUACUGUUUAAUUUCCAAAACUGAGAAGCUGAUGUUUUCCACAUAUUUCAUGGAUUUGUGGAACCUUUUCCAGCCUAAACUUUCUGAGCCAGCAAUAGCUACAAAUCACAAUAAACAGGCUUUGCUUUCGUUUUGGUACAAUGUGUGUGCUGACUGUCCAGAGAAUAUCCGCCUUAUUGUUCAGAACCCAGUGGUAACCAAGAACAUUGCCUUCAAUUACAUCCUUGCUGACCAUGAUGAUCAGGAUGUGGUGCUUUUUAACCGUGGGAUGCUGCCUGCCUACUAUGGCAUUCUGAGGCUCUGCUGUGAGCAGUCUCCUGCAUUUACACGACAACUGGCUUCUCACCAGAACAUUCAGUGGGCCUUUAAGAAUCUUACACCACAUGCCAGCCAAUACCCUGGAGCAGUAGAAGAACUAUUUAACCUGAUGCAACUGUUCAUAGCUCAGAGGCCAGAUAUGAGAGAAGAAGAAUUAGAAGAUAUUAAACAGUUUAAGAAAACAACCAUAAGUUGUUACUUACGUUGCUUAGAUGGCCGGUCCUGCUGGACUACUUUAAUAAGUGCCUUCAGAAUACUAUUAGAAUCUGAUGAAGACAGACUUCUUGUUGUAUUUAAUCGAGGGUUAAUCCUGAUGACUGAGUCUUUCAACACACUGCACAUGAUGUAUCAUGAAGCCACAGCUUGCCAUGUGACUGGAGACUUAGUAGAACUUCUGUCAAUAUUCCUUUCAGUUUUGAAGUCUACACGCCCAUAUCUUCAGAGAAAAGACGUGAAGCAAGCGUUAAUCCAGUGGCAGGAACGAAUUGAAUUUGCCCAUAAACUAUUAACUCUUCUUAAUUCCUAUAGCCCUCCAGAACUUAGAAAUGCCUGUAUAGAUGUCCUCAAGGAGCUUGUGCUUUUGAGUCCCCAUGACUUUCUUCACACUCUGGUUCCAUUUCUACAGCACAACCAUUGUACUUAUCAUCACAGUAAUAUACCAAUGUCUCUUGGACCUUAUUUCCCUUGUCGAGAAAAUAUCAAGCUAAUAGGAGGGAAAAGCAAUAUUCGGCCUCCGCGCCCUGAACUCAAUAUGUGCCUCUUGCCCACAAUGGUGGAAACCAGUAAGGGCAAAGAUGACGUUUAUGAUCGUAUGCUGCUAGACUACUUCUUUUCUUAUCAUCAAUUCAUCCAUCUAUUAUGCCGAGUUGCAAUCAACUGUGAAAAAUUUACUGAAACAUUAGUUAAGCUGAGUGUCCUAGUUGCCUAUGAAGGUUUGCCACUUCAUCUUGCACUGUUCCCCAAACUUUGGACUGAGCUAUGCCAGACUCAGUCUGCUAUGUCAAAAAACUGCAUCAAGCUUUUGUGUGAAGAUCCUGUUUUUGCAGAAUAUAUAAAAUGCAUCUUAAUGGAUGAAAGAACUUUUCUAAACAACAACAUUGUCUACACAUUCAUGACACAUUUUCUUCUAAAGGUUCAAGGUCAAGUGUUUUCUGAAGCUAACUGUGCCAAUUUGAUCAGCACCCUUAUUACAAACUUGAUAAAUCAGUAUCAGAACCUGCAGUCUGAUUUCACCAACAGAGUUGAAAUUUCCAAAGCAAGUGCUGCUUUAAAUGGGGACUUACGGGCACUUGCUUUGCUACUGUCGGUACAUACUCCCAAACAAUUAAACCCGGCUCUAAUUCCAACUCUGCAAGAGCUUUUAAGCAAAUGCAGGACUUGUCUGCAGCAGAGAAACUCACUCCAAGAGCAAGAAGCCAAAGAAAGAAAAACUAAAGAUGAUGAAGGGGCAACUCCUGUUAAAAGGCGGCGCGUUAGCAGCGAUGAGGAGCACACCGUCGACAGCUGCAUCAGUGACAUGAAGACAGAAACCAGGGAGGUCCUGACCCCAACUAGCACUUCAGACAAUGAGACGAGAGACUCCUCAAUUAUCGACCCAGGCACCGAGCAAGAUCUUCCUUCCCCUGAAAAUAGUUCUGUUAAAGAAUACCGAAUGGAAGUUCCAUCUUCGUUUUCAGAAGACACGUCAAAUAUCAGGUCACAGCAUGCAGAAGAACAGUCCGACAAUGGUAGGUUUGAAGACUGUAAGGAAUUGAAAGACCUCCACUGUUCCAAGGAUUCUAACCUUGCUGAGGAGGAAUCCGAGUUCCCUUCUACUUCUCUCUCUGCAGUUCUGUCUGACUUAGCUGACUUGAGAAGCUGUGACGGUCAAGCUUUGCCCUCCCAGGACCCUGAGGUGGCUUUAUCACUCAGCUGUGGCCAUUCCAGAGGACUCAUUAGUCACAUGCAGCAGCACGACAUUCUAGAUACCCUGUGUAGGACCAUUGAAUCUACAAUCCAUGUGGUCACGAGGAUAUCUGGCAAAGGAAACCAAGCUGCUUCUUGACAUUAGAUGUAGCAUGUCUACUUUUAAGGUCACCCCUCCCCCCACCCGAUGCUGUUUGUAUAAGUUUUGCCUAUUUCUGUUUUCGUGCUUCAGUUCGUCCAGUGCUCUCUGCUUGAAUGGCAAGAUAGAUUUAUAGGCUUAAUUCUUGGCCAGGCAGAAACUUCAGAUGAAAAAAUUUGCAUCUUCAGUAUACUUUCUAAAGGGCAAUCAGAUAAUGAAUAUGUUUUACGUAAUUAAGAGUUCACUGUAGUGGCUUUCAUUUAAUAUGGCUGUCUGGGAGGCACAGGGUUCUCUGGCCCUGUACAAUGUAAUUUAAACUUACAGCAUUUUUACUGUGUAUAAUAUGGUGUCCUCUGUGCCAGUUUUGUACCUUAUAAUAGAGGCAGAUUGCCUCCGAUCGCUGUGGUUCUUAUUAUCAAAAUUAAGUUUACUUGUAUACGGAACAACCACAAGAAAUUUGAUUCUGUAAAGAAUCCUCUUUAGCUGUGGCCUGGCAGUAUAUAAAUGGUGCUUUAUUUAACAGAAUACCUGUGGAGGAAAUAAAGCACACUUGAUGUAAAAAUAAUUGUUUUAUUUUUAUUGACAUGACUGAUUGCUAUUCUAUGCACUUAAUUAAACUGAUUGUGAUGACUUUUAAUUGUUUACAUACCUUGCUUCAGUCUUCUCAGAUGAAAGGAAUGAGAAAACUGUGAACCAGGAGAUGUACUUGUCCACUGUUGCUACUUCAUGAGAAGUACAGUGGCAGGCCAAAAGUACCUUUUUCCAUAGACUUUUCAGUCCUCGCCACUCCAGAGUGCAUAACUGCUGCAGGGAGAAGCAUAACAAUGCAGCCCGCUUGCCCUCACAUCAACAUGCUUCUGAAUGCAACAUGCCACUGUUUCACGACCUAGAGCUACACACCUUAAAAACCCUGAAGUAAAAUAAAGGAAGUACCAACAUGCCAUUUGUCUCUUCCUGAAUUAAAAAUUUACAGCUAAAAGUAGGCUCGCUAAGACAAGCUUUAGCUUGGGACACUUCAACUAUCCACACUCGGAGACGCAAUCUGUUCCCGGAGGAGCAUCUAUGGACGGUAACGUUAACAGUCUGAUUUCACAUUGCUUGCUUUUAGCUCAGUGCAGAGUCUAGUCAUAGUAAAUAAAGAUUCAACAGUGCUUUCAA